AUGCUACGCACCCCGUAUUUGCAGAGCAACAAGCAGCCAUCUUUCAAGGGUAAUCGAUGGUUCACACGUGGAUGGACGCUUCAGGAGCUUUUAGCACCAAGGACUGUUGUCUUCUUCAGUGUGGACGGCACAAGAAUUGGAGACAGGUCUUCCCUUGCAAAACAAAUUGCAGGUGAGACGAGCAUCCCUGUAGCCGCAUUGGAGAACGGUCCAGACUUUAUGCUCAAGUAUCCUGUUGAAGAGCGCAUGGACUGGGCAAGAUAUCGUCACACGAAACGCGAGGAAGAUGCCGCCUACUGCCUUCUUGGCAUUUUCGAAGUUCAGAUGCCGCUCAUAUAUGGCGAAGGCAAAGAGAAAGCUUUUGGUCGCCUGCAAAAGGAGAUCGAAGAUGUGUAUGGCAGGCGUGACUGGGUUGACAACCUCUUGCAUCGGUACGAGCUCCCAUUGUUGCAGGCCACGAUGUUGCUGGAGCUGUGA